GUCACCGAGUGAUGACGUAGGCGUUCAACUAUGGCGGCCGUGUGCUAGAUAAUUGUUUUCAUAACUGAACCAAGGAUACCAGUUUAUUUCGGAGAAAGUCGCAAACUACUGCUUUUCACAAUGACCAACCGGACAUCUUAUUUUUACGACCCGGACGUGGGCAACUUUCAUUACGGUGCUGGCCACCCUAUGAAGCCUCACCGCCUGUCCCUCACUCACAGUCUGGUGUUGCACUAUGGACUCUACAAGAAAAUGAUGGUGUUUAAGCCUUACAAAGCCUCUCAGCACGACAUGUGUCGGUUCCACUCUGAGGACUACAUCGACUUCCUGCAGAAGGUCAGCCCCAACAACAUGCAGGGCUUCACAAAGAGCCUCAACACAUUCAACGUGGGAGACGACUGUCCUGUGUUUCCAGGUCUUUUUGAGUUCUGCUCGAGAUACACAGGAGCAUCUUUACAGGGAGCUACACAGCUCAACCACAAGAUCUGUGACAUUGCCAUCAACUGGGCUGGAGGUUUGCAUCAUGCCAAAAAAUUCGAGGCUUCUGGGUUUUGCUACGUUAAUGACAUCGUCAUCAGUAUACUGGAGCUCCUCAAGUACCACCCGAGGGUCCUGUACAUCGACAUAGACAUUCACCAUGGCGACGGCGUCCAGGAAGCGUUUUACUUGACCGACCGAGUCAUGACUGUGUCCUUCCACAAAUAUGGGAACUACUUUUUUCCAGGAACAGGCGACAUGUACGAGGUCGGGGCAGAGAGCGGCCGGUACUACUGCCUCAAUGUUCCCCUCAGAGACGGCAUAGAUGACCAGAGCUACAGGCAGCUGUUCCAACCGGUUAUUAAACAGGUGGUGGAUUUCUACCAGCCGACCUGCAUCGUCCUGCAGUGUGGAGCAGAUUCUCUGGGCUGUGACAGACUGGGCUGCUUUAACCUCAGCAUACGAGGACACGGUGAGUGUGUGGAGUUUGUAAAGAGUUUCAAGAUCCCUCUCCUGGUCCUUGGCGGAGGAGGAUACACAGUGAGGAACGUGGCUCGCUGCUGGACGUUUGAGACGUCUCUGUUGGUGGAUGAAUCGAUCAGUGAUGAGCUGCCGUACAGCGAGUAUUUUGAGUACUUUGCUCCAGACUUCACGCUGCAUCCUGACGUCAGCACCAGGAUAGAAAACCAGAACUCCAGACAGUACCUGGAGCAGAUCCGUCAGACGGUGUUUGAGAACUUGAAGAUGUUGAACCACGCGCCCAGCGUCCAGAUCCACGACGUCCCAUCGGACAUGCUGAGCUACGAACGCAACGACGAGCCGGACCCCGACGAGAGGGGCGGCGAGGAGAACUACACCAGGCCGGAGGCGGCGAACGAGUUCUAUGACGGUGACCACGACAACGACAAAGAGAGCGACGUAGAGAUUUGACCCAGACACCUCGACUUCACUGCAGACUCUUAACAUCACGGCUGUUCCUCCACCAGACCUCAACAGAGCAGACGUAAUGUUGCACCGCAGAGGAAGAACGAGCCUGAAUGACUUAUGUGCAAAGUACUUUUUUCAUGUGUACUUUUUAUGACUUUGAAAUGUAAGGUGCAUCCGAUGUGUUACUUGCAGCUGUGUAAAAAGUGUAUGGUCUAUUUUUCUUUUCUUUCUUUCUUUUUUUUUUUACAGUAUGAAGAGUUAUUUGAGCAGUUUUCACACUUAGUUUCUACGUUAAACUUCCCAUGAAACUGUGAGCUGAGGGCUAGUUGCUAGUAAAGCACACACACACAAAUCAAAAGCAGUCACCAUCCGUCCAUGUCCGAGGUUUACGCGACUAAUGGCGCAGGAUGAGUUCCCAAAUACCAUUUCCUACUUUAUCUUUUAUUAUGAGGCUACAGAAUGGGUGAUCUACAGUAGAAGAGCUUACAUGCUAAUCAAAUUAUUUUUCAAUUUCAAUAAAAAAAAAAACGACGAGCGAAUUUCAUCUGCAAGAGUUGUUGAGACAUGACCAGUGACAACAUGAUUGUUCAGGUUUCCCACAUGAGCCCAGAUGGAGAUGCACUCCUUGUUAAGCUGUGGGAUUUUAGAACAGCCAGUGUGAACCCUGCGUGACAGAAUCCAGCUCUUAUGUGAAGGCACACGUUGGGGAAAAAAAAUAAAACACUGUAAAUGAGCACCAGGUGUGUAGGAAAGGCAUGAGGAGCUUUAGAUUUAUUUCACCUAACUAGACUUGCUAAUGCGAGUGCUAGCCAGGAUCCAUUGGUCACACAUCAGCCGGUUCAGAUGGACACAAUCAUGCUACAUUUUUUUUUUGAUAUUUCAAACAUAGUAAUCAUUCAAAAUGGCCUGUCAGGUAUUUUAUUUUACAGUCCCCAUGGAGCCAUUUUGAUCCCAGCAUUAUUUCUGCUUUGAGAAGACGAGCGCUGAUGCAGAGUCUGUACACGAGGCCACUGAACAGUAGCUGAUCCAAUCAGGAAAUACUCUUCUGUCUUUUCAUUCCACGUACUUCUGCUUUUCUCCUUCCUUCACUAACUGUGUGUGUUGUCGAUGUGGGAAAGGAGUCCCGGCUCAUGACAGAUGUAUAAAACUGUUUACUAGUGGCGGCUUUAAAGCCACAGUAGAAACACUUUCUACCAUCAGUUCCCUCCUUUUAACCAGAAACUGUUUUUAUGUGAUCUUUUGAUAUUGUCGUCUGCAUCUUUUUGUAAUAAAAAAAUAAUCACCAGUGUGAA